GCACACUGGGCUUUGCCCAGCUCUGCCUUUUCAAUGUGCAUUAAGUGUGCACAUUCUUUAAUAGUCCAGUAGAUGGCGACAGAGUACAGCAUCUCGUUCACCACUCAUUCACUCGCUGCCUGUUCUAAUGAAACACCUGCCAGCAUGUGUGUGUGAUUAAACCUGCUGCUCGCGCCAGCAUAGCUAUUCCUCUGGUGUAGUCUUGAAAAGGAAUGCCAGCACCAACCAACCCCUGACUGAAUCCCCUGUCCACAGAGGGAAAGAGUGAGUUAAAGAAGGAUGGGGGAAACGGAGGACGAGCGUACGUCUCAGGCCGGCCAGCUGUUUGAGAACUUUGUGCAGGCCACUACCUGUAAAGGCACCCUGCAGGCCUUCAGCGUUCUCUGCAGGCAGCUGGAGCUGAACCCCUCUGACCACAGAGGCUUCUACAGCAGCCUGAAAGCUGCCAUUACCAACUGGAAGGCCAAAGGCCUCUGGGGGAAACUGGACAAGAGAGCAAGCCACAAGGAGUACAGUAAGGGCAAAGCCUGUGUGGACACCAGAUGUCUCAUCAUUGGUGGCGGUCCCUGCGGCUUUCGGACUGCCAUAGAGCUGGCUUUACUUGGUGCCAAGGUGGUGGUGAUUGAAAAAAGAGACACCUUCUCCAGGAACAAUGUCCUGCACCUUUGGCCUUACACCAUCCAAGACCUCAGAGACCUUGGAGCCAAGAAGUUCUAUGGAAAGUUCUGUGCUGGAUCUAUAGACCACAUCAGUAUUCGUCAGCUGCAACUCAUGCUGUUAAAGAUUUCUCUCAUUGUUGGGGUUGAGGUGCAUGUCAACGUGGAGUUUGCCAAGCUUCUUGAGCCACCUGAGGACCAAGGCACUGAUGGGCCUGGAUGGAGAGCGGAGGUCCGGCCGGCCGAUCACCCCGUCUCAGACUAUGAGUUUGAUGUGAUCAUUGGAGCAGAUGGAAGGAGAAGCACUCUUGAUGGCUUCAGGAGAAAGGAGUUCAGAGGGAAACUAGCCAUCGCCAUCACUGCAAACUUCGUCAAUCGCAACACGACAGCCGAGGCCAAAGUGGAGGAGAUCAGCGGAGUGGCCUUCAUCUUCAAUCAGAAGUUCUUCUUGGAGCUCAAGGAGGAGACAGGCAUUGAUUUGGAAAACAUUGUCUAUUACAAGGACAACACACACUACUUUGUCAUGACUGCAAAGAAACAGAGCUUGCUGGACAAGGGUGUGAUCAUCAAUGACUAUAUUGAGACUGAACGGCUGUUGGCGAGCAACAACGUAAACCAAGAGGCUUUGCUCUCUUACGCCCGUGAGGCUGCAGAUUUUGGCACAAACUACCAGCUUCCUUCUUUGGAUUACGCCAUCAACCACUACGGCCAGCCAGAUGUGGCUAUGUUUGACUUCACCUGCAUGUACGCCUCAGAGAACGCCGCGCUGGUGAGGGAAAAGAGCGGCCAUCAGCUGCUGGUGGCGUUGGUUGGAGAUAGUCUGCUGGAGCCUUUCUGGCCCAUGGGGACAGGAUGUGCUCGAGGGUUUCUGGCUGCCUUUGACACAGUGUGGAUGAUAAAGGCUUGGGCUCAGGGCAAAGGGCCCCUUGAUCUUCUGUCAGAGAGGGAAAGCAUCUACAGGCUGCUGCCUCAGACAACUGCAGAAAACAUCUCAAAAAACUUUGAGCAGUACACCAUAGACCCAGCCACACGUUACCCCAACCUCAACUCCACCUGCGUACGACCACAUCAGGUACGGCAUCUGUACAUUAACGGCGAGCAGAGCUUGAGUUCUCGGGAGCGCAGUGGAUCCACACCCAGAUCUGUAAACAUCUCCAGACGAGAGUCAGAGGUGCGUCCCAGCCGGCUGCUGCUGUGGUGUCAGAAGCAGACCCAGGGCUACAGGGGAGUGGAUGUGACCGACCUCACAACCUCCUGGAGGAGCGGCCUGGCUCUGUGUGCCCUCAUUCACCGCCAGCGGCCGGACCUCAUUGAUUUUGACUCCCUGAACGAGGCAGAUUGUGCUAAAAACAACCAGUUGGCGUUUAACGUGGCAGAGCGGGAGUUUGGCAUCCAGCCGGUCACCACAGGAAAUGAAAUGAAUGCUGAACGAGGGCCAGACAAGCUCAUUAUGGUGCUCUACCUCUCUAAAUUUUACGAGAUGUUCCGCAACUCACCUCAAUCUGUCACAGGUGUACCCAAAGAGACUACUGCAAAUAAUGAAGAAUAUUCAUCAAAGACCACAAACUCACUUUACAACUCACUAAAUCACGCUCUGCCUCGGAAGAGAAUCCCAAAGGUUGAUAAAAAGUUGGAAGACAAUGACAACAAAAAGAGGAAGAAGGCCAGCAGUCAUCUAGAGGAGCUAAUGUCCAAUCAGAGUGCGCCCCCUGUAGGUGAGCGAGAGGAGCAGAAAGAAAAUAAGGUGCGCUCCAUGGCAACUCAGCUGCUGGCCAGGUUUGAGGAGAAUGCACCAAGCUGUGGUGUGCGCAGACAGUCUGAAUUUGAGACUGACAAACCCGUAUCUCUGGACAUGAUAGAAAACCCGCGCUUUGCCAAACCUAAGAGCCAGCCUGCACCUCCUCCACCCCCUCCACCCAAACCAAAAUGGCAGCCUUCUCCUUAUCUAAGACUGCUGGAAUCUCACACGCAGAAUGAGACCCAUCAUUCUGACCACCGUAUAGAAAUCCAGUCCAGUCACAGUCACACAGAAAUCCAGUCCAACUAUAAAACCACAAGCGUUCACCACACUCUCCAGCUCACUGGAAUUCCCUCAAGUUAUCAAGUCAGUGAGUCUCGUCCCAGAUCUCCUCACAUUCCCUUCAAAGUGCUCCAGCCGGCAGACCCCUCAGAUUCACUCCCGUCAUUCACACCAGCCCUGGGCGGCAUGUUGCAGUGCCUACAGAAGCUGGAAGAGGAAGUCAGUCAGAGAAAAGUGCAGGCUGAAAUUACUAGACAGUUCAACAAAAAGAGCAUUAAAGAGCGAGCUCAGCAACUGAGCUGCCUUUUCACUGGCAAACCACCUCAACCUCAGGCAGAUGAAAGCUCUUCUGCUGUUUCCUCCUCUCCUUCUAAAGCCUUCUCAUUUCACGCUAUCCCAGAAUCCUCUACUCUUUCCUGUCGUCUGUCUCCUGUUCCUUCAGUCCAACACCAGCAGUGCAGUGAAGAUUCAGAAACACAGCUGAAGCACGAUAAACACACAGAUCGCUCUGAAAUCAGACGUGUAGAGUGCCUUGACCCCUCCAAACAGAGAACUGUGGGAAAGGUUUCUUCUGCUAUUGGUGUUAAAGCAGCUACACUGGCCAUCUUAUACGAGACCGAUCACAGACCUAACAACCCUUUCACCCUCUCGCUGACCAGCGUGCGGAAGGAGUUUCCCCCGGGUCUGGGCGGCAGCGACACCUGUCACUUCUGUAAGAAGCGUGUGUACAUAAUGGAGCGGCUCAGUGCGGAGGGAUACUUCUUCCACAGAGAGUGCUUCCGCUGUAACAUCUGCAGCUGUACGCUACGGCUGGGUGGUCAUGCCUUCGACUCCAACCAAGGCACUUUUUACUGCAAGCUGCACUUUUCUCAGAGAAAAAUCAGCAGUAGGCAUCGAAGAGGAGAGAUCAAUGGAGUUGGCAGACCCUCGUCCAGCGCUAGUUCUGAUUACACGGCCACCGACGGCCUCCGCGGCCCGUCCUCAGUCUGUUUCAAGUUUCCAAUGCUCCAACCUCUGAUUGGCUGAACCGUGAGAGCAGGAACACGAUUGGCCUGCAUGGGUCAGGUGAUCAGGUUGUUUCGCUUUGCACUGGCUCCCUUAACUAUAAUAUUAACCCUCCUAUUGUGAAUGCAGCAUGGGUCUAAUGUAUGAACAUUUCUUAUUAGAUGUCCCAAACAUCGCUGUCCUUCACCUAAAGUCGGCAUUACGUUUGUUUGUACCAGAGCUAACGUACUAACAGAAGUGCACUUGUACGCUUGACUAUCCCAGCAUGCUUUUUAAACACCUGUUUUUCUAGUACACGGCGUCCCGUAAAGUAACCUCCCUUCUUGUUUCUCUCCGUGUUUGUCCUCUCUGUUGCAGAGGCUGCUUUACUAUCCCAAUCCCAUGUAAGAGCACUCUCUUGUUCCUUUUCCUAAAAACAAACUGAGGUCGUCCUAUAAGAAGACUUAGUUUUGCACAAUUUUUCAAGUCCUUUUAAGGAUUGUUUUUUGUAAAUUUUAGCUUACUAUUUCUUUGUAUAUUUCACAAUAAAAGACUGUUUCUCCUAAUUUAUAAUAUAUUUAAAGCCUGUACGCAUAAAAUAAAUUCAUUUUUAUCUCUAAAAGUUUGUUUCUGCCUUUUUGUCUGCCGAUUCAGUGAGCUUCCUGUGUAACCCUCAGCAAAGAUGUAUUUGUAUUCAUCAAUGCAACUGCCAAGCUAAUAAGAAGAAAUGUAACCCAACUAUCACAAUUAAGUAUAGGCUUAAAAAAAAUAACCCUGUACCAGAUAUUUCGCACCCAUGAUUCACAAACAUAACCCUCCCCCUUUUUUGUUUUUUCACUUUUUAACUUCACAUCCCAUUUUUUUUUUUUUAAAAAGCAUUGGAACUGCAACAAACCAUCUUUAAUGAAUAUUCUUAGAACAUACAUCAGACCCAUUUUAAAUUAUGCCUGAAUUCCUUUAUAGUCAAACUUAACUUGGUUCUUUUGGGUCUUUUCUAUCCUGUCCUUUUAUUUGCUUUUUGUAGGUGAUUGCACUGCCUCCUAUUUUGAACUCAAAUGAUACAACAUAAUCAUUUCAAUUAUAUUUUUUUUAUUAUUAGUGCUGUCAAACGAUUAAUUGCAUCCAAAAUAAAAUUUAUUUAUAUUUAAUAUAUUUUACACACAUAAUAAUUUAAUAUAAACAACAUUUUUCAUAAAUAUAUACAUGUAUGUGUUUGUAUUUAUAUAUACAUAAAUAUACACAGUACACACAUUAUGUAAAUAAAAACUUUUAUUUUGGAUGUGAUUUAAUCACAAUCAAUCAUUUGACAGCACUAUAUAUAUAUAUAUAAUUAUAAUUUUUAUUUAUUUACUUAUUUAUUUAUUUUUGUUAAAUCACGCUAUUAAACUGCCCUUGGGGUCUCUCACACCCCAAAGAGAACAUGAGGGUUAAAUUUAAUUUCAUAUCCAUGUUUCAUUUAAUUAAUCUUCCUACUUUGUGUAGGCAAAAUAUAAUGAUGGUAAACUGUCAAAUAAUUUUUGGGGUUUUUUUGUGUGCAAGAUGUACAGGGUUAAAAAUGAAUGGAAAAAAAAAAACUUUUAGAAACAUCUUUAAAGACUUUGUGCUAUGUCUUUAUCUCGUUUGACACACAAAAGCAUUAUUGACUGCAGUAUUCAGCAUAUUAUACAGGAAUGACUAUCAUAGUGUGCUAAAGGGAAAGAGAGCUAAAUAGUAGGGGUGUAAAUUGGAUGGUUCGUCACGAUACGAUAUCGAUUCUCAUUCCCACGAUACGAUAUUUGCCGAUACCUCAAAAAAUUCUACGAUAUGAUUAUGAUUCGAUUCGAUACAGGAGUAUAUCAAUCGAUAUUUCGAUAUUAUAUAGGCCUACCUAUUUUAAACAACCCUAUACAUUUUUAUUAACUCACAAAUGCAACCAAAAUAUAUAAUGAACAUUUAUCAGAAAUUUUCACAUCCUGUACCUCAAUUGGGACA